AAGAAAUUAAGAAUUCUCAGUUGGCAGGCAAACACUGCACACAGAACCAUAUAAGCACAUAAAGAGUGAUGAAUGAAAAAAAGUCAAAUUCUUGUUGAACCUUAAAAUCAUUAAACAAAAAAAAUUCCAUUUUAUUUUUUCUUAUUUUCACUAUUUUCAUUUUUCUCAUCCAAAUAAAAUCACAGUGAAGAAGAAAAAAAAAAAGAGUUACCAAAAAACACAACAAACCUUCUUCCUUCAAUUCCAUCUUCAACUUUCCUUUUCUUUUAUUUUCUUCCUUCAAGAUUAUAUUUUUCUUUGACCCUUUUGCUUUCUUUUUCUCAAACAAUUCUUCUUUGACCCUUCAACUUCUUCUUCUAAGUCAAUUUCAUGUCCUUGUGUUUUGGAUCUUAGAUCUUUCUUGUCGGUGGUUGAUCGGAGUAGAUGUCGCCGUCAAAUGGGUUACAUAACGGCGGUGGAAGUGGUGGUGUUGGUGGUGGUAAUGGGUUGAGUUAUAUUGAACAUCAUGUUUCAAAAUUUGAUACUCUUGCUGGUGUUGCUAUUAAGUAUGGUGUUGAGGUAGCUGAUGUGAAAAGGAUGAAUGGUUUGGCCACGGAUCUCCAAAUGUUCGCACUGCAGACAUUGAGAAUUCCACUACCAGGACGACAUCCGCCAUCUCCGGUUCCUGAUGAACCUGCCAAGUUGAGAGAAAAUAGCAGCGAAAGAAGACCUCCACGAAUAGGUCAAUCUGCGAUGAAGGAACCUCUCCAGUCCUUAAGACUGAAACCACCUAAACAGAAUAUAUCUCCAGCUAUGACCAUAUUACAGAAAUACUACGGCCUCGAUUCGUCGAGUUCCAGAGAAACAUCUGGAGAAACUGAAAUGGCAAUGUAUACUUCUUCUACUUCAGAUCAUUCCAGAGACGAAUGGCUUCCAAAACCCUCACCAAUUCCAAACCAUCAUUCCAAGUCAACAAAUUUAGUGUUUGAUCUACUAACUGGGAACGAUGAAGUGUCGGAUUAUGGGCCUUUUACAGAUAUCGGUGACGGGGGAGCUGAUAAGUCUGAUGAGAAAUCCGUCCGCAGACGUCAAAAAGCUGACGUUGAUAAUGGAGGUACUACACCAGAAAAGAUUUUCAAAGAAGGCAAUAAUAGUAAUGGAUCGAACGGUUCUUCCACUGGAAAAACAUUUUCCAUGAGGCCAAAAUCAGCCAGUCGAGCCUCGCUGUUUUCUGAGACAGAAUCAGGAUGGUUAGAUUCUAUUCCAGUAGGGUUAGGAGAAUCCAUAUUUACCGAUGGACUUUCUGGAGUGCGCAAAUCAUCAAGCGCAUCAAGCCUCAGAGAGCAGGAAAAGUAUAAUUCAGCAGCAACAGCCUGGCCGACCAUUUCCAAACCUAUCUUUGAUGGCUUACCUAUCCCAAUAACUGGCCGCAGAAGCAAAACUGCCCUUGAUUAGUGUAAAAUUAGUUCUCUUUGAAGCAAAUUAUUUUUUGACAUUAAACAAACACAAAUUUCAACAACUUGCAACUCUUCUCGGUUAGUAAACCGGAGAAAAAAUGUAAAAAAAAACAAAAAACAAAUUACACGCGUAGGAUAUUUAUUCCAGGCAUAGGACAAAAAGGGGUUGAAAAUCUCGGACUGAGAUUAAGAAAGGAUGCAGCAGUAGCAACUGAGGAAAAGAUGCAUGAAAAAGUUCUGCAACUGGUUUUUCAAAUGUUACAAUAAUAUACAAUGGUCAUUCAUUCCAUCAAGAUUUUAAGAGUUAUUUACAGAUUGAUAGUUUCUUUUGUUAAAUGAUUGAAUCAAGUGAAAGUCAUUCUGUUCAGUGGUUAAUUGUAUCAUGUUGUCAUAAUUGAAUACAUUAUGUAAGUAUUUAUGAUUUUUUUUUUUUCACCUUGAGACCAUUUAUACCGUAAUACCAUUUAAAUUUGUAAACAUAUUACAUUGGCAUUCUACUAGGUCUAUGUCUUAUAUUACUCAAUUAAAUUUGUUCUUGUACCCUUAUUGAUUCAUGAGGGUGUAUUAACUUUCAUC